AUGCCACUUGUUUCUGAUUUUACUCCUCGAGUUUUCGAAUUUACUAUCGCGGUCGCGGUCGCGGAUAGGUCGCGAGUAGGUCCCGAAACGAACGUUCACGUAGGUAUUGCUCGAGCAUGCGCAUGCGAACGGACAACGAUCACCACGAUCGAUGGUCGUCCAUGUGUAAUUGAGUUUAGCCUCCGCGAUUUAUCUUCUUAUUUCACCUUUGUUAGUUACUUUUUGAUUUUGCGAUUAGAAAGACUCGAGCCUAGAUGUAAGUUUCAGCGGGCAUUGCGCCCGAAGAAAGAAGAGGCCCGGCAAACUGCCAUAGAAGAGGGCUGCAACAAAUGACUUAUCAUCCUCUGGAUGGGAAAUCUAUCUAG